AAAGAAAUUUGAAUUUCAUUUUGGUGCUUUUCUCCUGAAUCCAACCCGGGAGUGAUUUCAGACUGUGAAUCCAAGCGUUGUGUUACUUAGAUCGAACCUCAGGAUCUCGGAAUCAUCUGUUUGUGAUUUCAUCUCUCAGAAAUUUUUGAUUUUUCGCUUCGUCUUUUGGUGAAUUGAUCUUUCGAUCGAUGUUUUUUUGAUGCUUCAGUUGCAUAUGGAGGCUCUCUACGCCAAACUCUACGACAAAUACAGAGAACUCAAGAAGAAGAAAUUGUUCGAAAUCGACGAAGUUAAUCGGGAACAAGAAGAGAAGUUCAUAAGCUUUGUGUCCGCUGCGGAGAAGUUAAUACAGCAUCUGAGUAGUGAGAAAGAAAAUUUGCAGGGGAUAGUGGAGAAUUUAACUAGUGAAUUGACUUCCAUUAGAUCCGCUAAGGACAAGGAUUUUGCCGAGUACCAAAAGCUUCUUAUGGAAGAAGAACAGAAGAACAAAAAGCUUUCUGAAGAGCUCGAGAAACUAAAAGAGAUGCUUCAGGAGGAACGAGGUUGUAAACCACAGACAAGAACCCCUGAAAGUGCUCGAGUUGUGACGAGAAGCAUGAGAAAACGAAGCAGACCCUCGGAAGAUAUUGCAGAAGUAUGCAUGACUUCACCUCGUGUUGGCAGCCAUGACCAAGUAGUGCCGGCAUGCUGCAAAAACACUCGUGCCAUAUCAAGCGAAUCUGUCAUUUGUACAUUUCAAACCCUCAGCGAAUACCUACUGGGGAUGGAGCUAUCUACUAUUAAUCAAUUCAAUGGAGUCUGCAUUAUCGCCUCGCAUCCAUCAAGCGGUUACUCGUUCAGCCUAACCCGUGUAAACAACUCGAGAGGCGGAGGAGAACCCGAGCUUCUGUACAAUCUCGUAUCACUCGGAACAUUCGAAAGAGUGGCACCGGACUGGAUGAGGGAUGCUCUCAUGUUCAGCCCAAGCAUGUGCCCCGUCUUUUUCGAAAGAGUUUCCCGAGUGAUUAAGCUUCGGAGCUGAUGAUUCUAGGGGUCACCGUUUCAGGCUUCGCUUCGGGUCCGGUUAUUGCGAUUGUAACCAUUCCUAGGAUUCGGUUCGGAUUCUCAUUUUGCAAAAAAAAAAAAAAAAAAAAAAAAACUAGUUUUCACUUCCAUAAAAAAAAAUUAGUUUUCAGUUAUUUUUUGUUCUCUUGGACUUUCGGAUUUCCUUUCUCCUUGCUCUGGCCGCCUCAGCCGCCAAUUUACUAGCAUCAA